AUGUUCAAUUUCUUUAAUAAAAAUAUAAUUAAAGGUUUUAAAGUAUGUAAAAAUUCAGAUAGAAGUAAAAAGUAUGGAAUAGCAUCAGAUUCCUUAAAAGGUUUAAAUGAAAAGAUAGGGGAGAAAUUCAAAAUUAAAGAUUUUCAAUUAUUUUAUGACGAUGCUUUGAUAAAUGAGGAGUUUUAUAAAACCAUCCCAAACCAAUCGACUAUAAUAAUAGUUGAGGAUGGUGAAACAUACAAGACUGAUUUUGAUGUGAUUUUUGAUUUAUUUCGUAAAACGAAUCAUGAAACAUUCAAUGCUCGUGACUUGAUAAACAAUUUUAUUACAAAUAAUAAAAAUGAAGACUUAAUUAUGACUGUGAUAAAGCUCCAAAAUGAGAUGGAGGAGAAAACUAAAGUUUCGGACCGAGAAAGUCAUCCAGAAUGGUUCUCAAGUUUAGACAGUAAGAAGAAUGUCACAAAGGAAGCAAUUAUGAGAACAAAGGCUAAAGAUCGUAUUAAAGGAUAUUUCUAUAAAACAAAAGAUGAACUCACAAAGUCGCGCAUUUAUCAAGUAAACUCUGAAGGUCGCAAGAUUAUCGAUGACUUACUUACAGAUUUCUUUACCUUCCUCUCAGGAGUUGACUUCUUUGAAUGCCUUUUUGAUCGUUCACAUGAUAUAAAGUUCUUUCCAUCUGAUGAAAUCGAUGCUAAGACGUUUGUAAAGAGGAGAAAAGUGGAUGAGGAUACAAAAUUGAAGAUUAAAAGAAGUAAAAUGUUUGAGAAGUAUCUAGUAUCACUUUGCAAUGAUUUAGGGAUAUUCAAUUGUCAUGGAUCUUGGAAUUCAGACAAUUGUACGUAUGAUCAUAAGAUUAAUCCAUACUCGACUCGUGAAGCUUUAAUUCUCUUCCAAAUAUUCAACCUGGAUCAUCAAAUUGAGAUUUCAAGAAGCAUAUUCCCAUCAAUUUUAAAGAAUAUUGAAAAGUUGUGCAUGGAAAAGAACCUCAAAUGUGAGGCACAUGCUAAAAGCUUUACAAGUUUAUCUGUCAUUACAUACUUUCUGGAGAUAUUCACUGUUAAGAAUCUUAAAUUAGUGCACAUAAUAUGCCAUGAUAAAAGCAGUCAUGAAAGAGAGACCAAAGGAAGGCUGUUGUGCGAAGAUUGCAAAGAAAUGAAGCUAAUUAAAAUGAUUAAAAUGAAAAUCUCAUAA